UUCUUCAGGGUUUUGGGGGUUUCUUAAAAAACUUAUAAUUUUCUUAAAAGAUUAUAAAGUUUACUAUGGCGAAUUCAAUAAUUACAUCAGAACCUCAAUCAAAUUCAUCUCAUCUCAAUCCACCUUCUCGUAUUAUCUGUCGUGUAUGCCAGAAACAAUUUUCACAAUAUACAUGUCCCCGAUGUAAUACCCGUUAUUGCUCCCUUCCAUGUUACAAGUCGCAUAGUCUUAGAUGCACGGAAUCGUUUAUGAGAGAUAAUGUUAUGGGGGAGAUGCAACAUUUGGAAUCUGGUGAUGAAACAAAGCAGAAAAUGUUGGACAUUUUAAAACGUUUUCAUUCCGAGGAACUAGAACAGGAUGAUGGUGUGGACGAUGAUGGUUUGUCGGAUUCGGGUUUAUCAGAGGAGACUGUUCAAAAGAUCAUGUCGGGAGUUCAGAUCAGCUUUGAAGAUUUAUCCACUAAAGAAAAGAAACAAUUUCAAAGAGCCGUGGCAUCUGGAGAGUUAAGUAAAUUGAUUGAACCAUGGGAACCCUGGUGGUUAAAGCCUGCUGCUUCAGCAAUAUCUCUCAGCGCAAAAGGAACCCAACGUGUUCAACCCGUAACAAAACAAGAAAACGACCCAUUGGACCAUACCCACGAGGUUCCACCAGGUCCAGAAAUCGCACUACCUUCUGUCAACAAGCUUACCUCAAGUGAACCAUCCCCACUUUUAGCUAUUCACCUUGUGGAUAUCUUGUAUAGUUACUGUUUCACUCUUCGGUUAUACAAUGGAGAUUGGGAAUCAGACCCCAUUGGUUCAGCCAGUGUGAUUUUGAGUAUAUCGCUUGUUUUGGGUCAAGGUGGUCAGCCCGAGACAGUAUCCGAAGCCAUAUCUUACUGUUUAGAACAAACAUGCUCUCCUGCCUUUAGACACAUGGGUGGGUCACAAUUUGGGUUGGGGGUUCUUGAUGAUGUGACAAGUCUAUUAUCUCUCGGAGGUGAUGCUUUGGUUUGUGGUAUUUGUGAUUUGCAUAGGAUGAUGAGUGUGGCUUUGAGAGAAGUGAAGAUGGAGAAGACACUUGAUAUCAAGAGAAGGGAAAUUAAGGGGAAACUGAAGUCGGGUGAGAGGAAAGUUUACUUUUUGAUGUGUUGGGUGCAUGAACAGCCACAUGAGGCUUGGUCAUCAUUGGCGGGGUUGGUGAUGGCGGAGAAGAAUGCAGCGAUGGAAUAUAUAGGCAAUGGAACAGGUGGUUGGCGAGAUAAUAAGAAAGCAGAAAGGAAGGGGAAGGUUAUUAUUGAAGAGAUCUCGUAAGUCAUUACAUUGGUACUAUGUGAUUUUUACAGGAUUAAAGCUUGUACUAGUGCAUUCCUUUAUUAAUGUAUCUGGGUAUAUACACGCAUUAGAAUCUGUAUCUUUUGAUUUUCGCUGCUAGGGUUUGUAGUUUUUAAUCGCAGGUUUAUGAAAUCUUUCUAAUGAUUUAGCCACUAGUUUGUCGUUU